AUGAAAAGACUCUUGCAAAAUUUAGAAUAACAACCCUCAGGCCAGCAGUUCUAAAGGCCUCCUUUAUCAAGGCCUGGAUAGUAAUAAAAACCAGCUAUUUAGAUAUCAAAAGUUGGGUAAGGGGCUGCUAAUCCAAACUCUAGAAUCAGAAGAUAAAACUCUCACCUUGGCCAAAUAGCUAAGAAUAUAAUGAGUGGAAACAGUAUAAUUGAUUAAGAUGCCUAGAAAUUCAAUAUUCAAGCAAUAAAGGAAAAUUUAAUAAUUGGAAGUAAUUUACAUUAAAGAUAAAGCCACUCUUAAAACAGAAACAAUUAUGGGAAUAAUAUAAGAGGAUAAUAAUCCAAAGAGAUAGAUUUCUCAGGCUGGAAAAAAUCUACUUCUAGUAAUCUUUCAUAGAGGUAAUUGAACAGAAAACCAUCAAAUAAGGGAAUAAAUGAUGAUAUAGAUUUAAAUCUAGAUUAAAAGCAAUAGCAAAACUAUCCAAAGCCUCAAGCCCCUGUGCAGCAACUUGGAAUUGAUACUCUUAAUGAUUACAUGAAAAAAUAAGCUAAAAUUUAGAAUAAAAACAGUCAAGCUUUCAAUCCAUUUUUAAAGUAGCAAUAACCUUAAUAGUAAUCUUAGACAUAUUAUGGUUAAAAUGAUUAUAACUAGAAUAUUCAGGAGGAUUUGUUCGAAGAUUAUGAGAGUCAAUAGGAAUUUCAAAUGUUCUAAAACUAGCAUCAAAUGAAUGAAAAUAUAAAUUAUUCCAAUCCCCAUGAGCAAUAGUAUCAACCCUAAUAUUAGCCUUAGAAAAGAAAUCUUCCACCAAAGAAUGUAGCAGGAACUGGAUCAUAAUCUGAGAGAGAAGUCUUUUUCAAGAAACUAAGAGAGGCUGCCUAACAUAUAAAUCAAAAUUGA